UCGACUGCUUGGGAGACCACCACCCCUGCAAAGAAAUUGUGUUGACUGCAUCCGAGAGCUGCAGUCGGCCAAACCACACCUCACUUCGCCAGGACCACAACGGUCGACCGACUGCCAGCCAGCGAGCCUCCCAGCCAGCCAGCCUCCUCCAUCCUCCAUCCUCCAACAUACCCAUCGCCCUUCCAUCUCAGCAGCCUGCACCCUGCAGCCGCACGCUCUUGGCUCCUGCCUCCCUGCUCCCUGCUCCCUGCUCCUCCAAGUACUCGACUCGACGCGACUCGACAGGCAAGCCCUCAUUGAUGUUGCGAUAGCUUCCUGCCAUUCGGUUGCCUCUGCGCAAGACGGAGAAGCGGCCGAGGCGAAGCUGCUGCCGUCGACCACCGCCCCCGGACAACCGCCCGCCGGCCCUCACCAUCCGCCGCGCACCCAUCAGCUCCAUCCUGACGAGGGGCGUUUCCCAAGACUCGGUCCCGCAGCCCACGCCGUCGACAUCCUCGUUGCAUCCCACAUGGCCACCCCGACGCCAGUGCGCCACCUGCCCGGCGCAUUCAUCAACACCCCUGCGCCCGCCAACGACCCCACGCGACGAAACCUCUUCGGAGAUGCAGCUGCUGGCGGCCCAAGGGUAGGCCCUUUGGGACGUGACCCCCUCAGGCCUGCCCCGGAUCCCUUCCGAGCACCUGGCGCCGCAGGCCCAUCACAACCACCAGGCCCGCCUGCGCAGCCUGGCCUUCCGGGUCUCCCUGAUAAUGCGGCCCAGCCCCCGGUUCUCAGGGCUGCCAAGGUCGUCAACGACCUCCUGCUGCUCGAUGAGCGCUAUCCAGAUCUCAACUCGUUGUGCUCGCUUCGGACCUCGUCAGAAUAUGAUCUUGCGACGCUCGAUCCAGCGUUUGCUCCCUUCCACAAGCCCACCAUGUACCCAAUCCCCGACCGGGUGUUCGAGAACUUCGAUCGCGGCCAGAUCGCGACAAGGAUGGGGCUUUUCACAGAGAUCAACCAUGCCUGGGUUACUAUUGACAACGCCCUCUAUCUCUGGGACUAUACCAAUCCAGACCCGGAGCUGAUCGGAUAUGAAGAAUCGCCCCACACCAUCACGACCUUGGCCUUGGUCCGUCCAAAGGGCGACGUCUUCGUCAACACAAUCACACAUAUCUUGGUGCUCGCCACAGCGACAGAAAUGAUCCUACUUGGCGUUUCUGCCACGCCCACGCCCAAUGGCUCCCACACUGUCAGCCUCUACUCGACCAGGAUGACUCUGCACAAGGGUAGCCUCGAUGUGAGCUAUAUCGUUGGGUCCGCCGAUGGGAGGAUAUUCUUUGGCGGAAACAACGACACCGAUGUGCAUGAGCUCUACUACCAGCAGGAGGAAAAGUGGUUUUCCAGUAGGUGUGGAAAGAUCAACCACACGCACCCUGGAUGGUCCUCGGUGGUGCCCAAGCUGCCACAUCCGAGCACACUUCUCCCCAGUCCGAGCUCUCUCUGGACGCCCAAGGCGAACGAGGCCCUGGCCGACAUGGUUAUCGAUGACAGCCGGAAACUGCUGUACACGCUCUCCAACACCUCCACCAUCCGUGUCUACCAAAUGGAAGGCCUGUACAAGCUGAACAAGUGCAUCGAGAAGGACAGGACAACGUGCUUCAAUGAGACGACUCACUUUGUUUCGGGCUCACCGCUGCUGACAAAUGACAUGACGAUUGUUUCAAUCAGCCCUAUCUCCGCGAUGGAAAGCUUCAACAUCCACCUGGUGGCUCUGACCAGCACCGGCUGCCGCAUCUUCCUGAGCGCGACCAGCACCUCGUCCGCGUCGGGUUCCGCCCCGCAAAGCAUGCAGGUCAUAUUCGUCAAGUUCCCACCCUCGCCCGACCAAGUUGCUCAGGAGCAGCAGCCUGGUGACGGCGCAUAUUUGAACGUAAAUUCACAGGCCCUCACGACGAGCAGGUUUGGCCAGCGUUUUGCGCCGGGCUACUUUUUUGAUUUUGUUGCCAAGGCGGACAAUCCUAACACCGAUGUUCUGUUCGUUGCUGCACCGGGCACCGGGCGAAUCAAGCUGCAACAUUCGACUGUCGCGCGCAACGAAAGCCCGUUGAGGUACUUUGAAAGCGCCAACUUCAUCGACCUCGGCCAGGGUGUCAAGGUGCUUGCAAUAGGGUCUAUCACACCCCCUUUCGCCGCGGCUGGACAGCCUGUCGGCUUCGGAAACGAACUCGCGGUCCAGUUCGAUCAAGCCCCAUCCGAGUUUGCUAUAAUGACUAAUAUGGGCAUCCACAUUAUCCGGAGACGAAGAAUGGUAGACAUUUUUGCGACAGUCAUACGAAAGGCUGCGAGCGAGGACACCGUCAAGCUCGAGACGACCCGCUUUAUUCAACAUUAUGGCCGCAAUGAAACCGUGUCUACAGCCCUUGCCAUAGCUUGUGGUCAAGGUAAUGACCUGCGCAAUGGUGCGGCCCGUGUGAUUGACCAAGUUACGCAGGACCGCGCAAGAUCUGUUUUCAUCGACUUUGGAGGUGACCCGACAGUGACCGAAACAGACUCGAUCAACCUGUCUGCGCGACAUCACGCUCUGGGCCUUUACCUGACCCGCUUGGUUCGGAUGUUGUGGAAGUCGAGGGUCAUCCAUCAAGGCCUGGACGCGGCAGGUGCGGUCUCGGUGAGAUCGACGGUCCCAUUAACAAAACUGAACUCUGUUCAAGAAAACCUAGAUCGACUUCGGAAUUUCCUCGAGGCCAAUCGUGGUGUGAUCAAGGGCCUCAAUGGUCCUCAGGAUCUCGCGAGCGCCCAGAACCGCCUCGCAGAGAUCGCCAUGCAGUCUGAGCACCAGGGUCUGCACUCCUUGCAGAGGCUGAUGGAAAACAUCGCUGAAGGCAUAUCGUUUGUCCUGAUGCUUUUCGACGAGCGCGUAGCCGAAAUAUUCGUUCGGCUAGACGCGCCGACGCAGAACACGAUGCGCGAGCUCACUUACGAGCAGCUCUUCUCUCAGGACGCCGGGAGGGACCUUGCGAAGCUUUUGGUCAAGGCCAUUGUGAACAGGAACAUCGAGAGUGGCGCGAAUGUGGAGACUGUGGCCGACGCUCUGCGACGGCGGUGUGGCAGUUUCUGCAGUCCGGACGACGUGGUUGUCUUCAAGGCUCAGGAGCAACUAAAGAGGGCGUCGGAACAGGCUGGUAACCCCAAUCACCUCCGGCAACUACUCGGGGAGAGCCUGCGUUUGUUCGAACGUGUCGCGCGCAGCCUUACCUUGGCUAAUCUCCACGGUGCUGUUCAGCAAUACCUGGAACUGCAAUACUAUGCGGGCGCCAUCCAGCUGUGUCUAAGGGUGGCUCAAGAAAAAGAUCGCGGGAACACGGCUCUGUCUUGGAUCAACGACGGCAGACCGCCUAAUGACGCCCGGCAAGCUGCUUUCAACGAGCGCAGGAGUUGUUACGACCUUGUCCACGAGGUGAUGCAGAGACUGGAUGCAGCCUCGGCUCGCGAGCCAGAAAUGGUUGACGGACGACCCACCUUGGCCGCCACCAAGCGCAACGAAGCAUACAACGUCGUCAACGGCUCCGACGACGAGGUGUUCCACUUCGACCUGUACGAAUGGUACAUCGAACAGAACUGGACCGAUCGCAUCCUCGCCAUCGAUUCGCCGCAUGUCAUCACCUUUCUCCAGCGCUUGGCGUCCACCGAAGCUCAACACGCUGACCUUCUCUGUCGGUUUUACACGCUCCGGGGCAGGUUCUACGAGGCCGCGGAAGUCCAGGCUGAUUUGGCAAAGAACGAGGUUCUCGAAAUAGGCAUCAAGGACCGCAUCACCCUGUUGAGCCGUGCCAAGGGCAAUGCUAGCGUGUCCACGGUUGGCAUCAGCCGGCAGCAUCAACAGGUUCUGAACCACGAUGUGACGACAUUACUAGAGAUUGCGCACAUCCAGGAUGACCUCCUCGAAAGGCUCAAGGCAGAUGAGCGGAUCCCAGCGGAUCGCAAGGUCGAUUGCGAGCAGGCUCUGAACGGCCCCAUACUCUCAUUGACAGAGCUGUUCAAUGGCUUUGCCGAGCCAGCUAAUUACUAUGACCUCUCUCUACUCAUCUAUCAUGCAGCCGACCACCAUGCCCCGCGUCUCAUUGCUGACACGUGGCGCAGUCUCAUUACUGCUGCCCACAACGAGACGGAGGAAGCAUAUCGCACAUGGCAAGAACAGGAGCAGGAACGCGGCCGGCCUGGCAAUGACGCCGAAGUUGGCCCGCCCGCGCUGCCGUACGAGCAUGUGGUCAACAAAGUACAGGACAUUGCUCACAGGACCAGCAUGAAUAACCAUGUCUUCCCGAUCGAUACUGUCCUCACGCUACUCUGCGAAUACGUGAUCAGUCAGCGGCAGAAUGAGGAGAUUCAGGCCGAUCCAACCUGGCCUGUUUUGCUAUUUAUCAACAACCUUGGCGUUGCCCAUGCAAUAGUCACCCGUGUGCUUGAACGCAUACUUGAUGCGCAAGAGGCGCCUUUCAUAAACCGCCAUCGGAAGCUCGUGGUCCGGUGGAUCCUUGUGGCAUGCGAGCUAUGGGUGCGCGAGGUGGAGCGCCGAGGAUUGGAUGGCCAGCAGGGAGGUGGAAACAUCGGGCGCUGGACGGUGCAGCUGCUCAGUAGGGCAGCGCUGGCCAUGCAAGAUCUUGCCGCUGCGGAGAGAGAAAUGAAUAGGCCAGAGCAUGCAAUGGAAGCACAGGCCCUGAUGGUCGGCGCCAGGGACCUGGCCGAGAAGAUCAACCAAGUGCUGGGGUUGUGAGCUGAGCCGGAUGGGGGGCGGGACACGUGAGGGAGCACUGGGAGGCACGGCCUACGGCGGCGACCUCUCUAGCGUGGAAUGAGAGGGUUGGAAUCAACAGAGGAAAAGCGAGUGCACUGGUAAAUAGUUGGAGAGGUUGUCACCAUUUCAUGGGACCACGCCCCUUGAAGUACGCGCAUUUCAUUUUGGGUCUCUUGAAGAAGGGAGAUGGUGCUCAACAGUUGACCAUUCUGAAAUCUGUACAAAAGUAUAAAAGAAAAUGCGUUAUGACAAGGCCUCAUAGGACCAACCAUUAGAGAACCCGAUUCAAACCUA